AUGGCUGUUCAUUCUUUGAUGGCUAAGUUUCUCGCCUCUGAUGCCUCAUCGAAACUUCCUGCUGGAACAGCUUUAGUUGCAGCCAUGACUGGUUUAAUUGUCUUUCUAGGGUGGUUUGUGACUCAGAAAUGGCAGUACCCCUACAAGGAGCCAUAUUUCCGCCAGCCUCAUGGAGUGGCCGCUGCUCCGCAUCUUGAAAAAACCAUAAUGGACAACUAUGAGAGAGUAGGGAAGAAAUUUACCCCUAUCAUCUUUGGGAGCCAGAGAAGUAAAAGCUUACUGGAAUCAAUUUCUCUGCAGUUGAAAAAUAGGUUUUAUCGAGUCGAACAACCCCAUGCCGAUGUUCUUAUCAUUCCUCCCAAGUUCGUGGAUGAGCUCAAGACCCACCCUCACGCAACUUUCAAACCAGAGGGAGAUGUUAGAUUCCUCCCGCAAUAUACCUAUAUGGGGACUCUAGAUGGCUCAGCCGAUGCUGCUAUUAUUCCUGCUGUCAGGGAUGUUUUCACAAAGCAUCUUGCUAGAAUUGUGGAGCUGAUGCGCAAUGAGGCCGCCCUAGGAAUUGAAAUUCACAUCAGGCACCCAGAAGAAUGGACGCCCAUUCUUCCCGUUCAGACCAUGGUGCAGAUCGUUGCACAAGUUGCAGGAGCUUAUGUCGUCGGUCCAGACCUAGCGCGGACCCCUGACUUUCUUGAAUGCAGCAUCACCUUCACCAGCAAUUGCUUCGACGCUGCUGCGGCUUUGUUGCAAUAUCCAAUCUGGCUCAGACCGUUGAUGCAAUACUUCACUCCGGCAAUCUCUCGCUGUCGCGACUCAUACCUAAAAAUGCGGGAUAUUAUCAAGCCACUGAUUGAUGAGCGCAUGCAGCUGGCUGCUUCUGGCAAACCCAUUCCUCGCGAUCUGCUGGCCCUUGUGAUGGAAUAUUCACCGCCGCACCUGCGUGGUGACAUUGACUUCCAAGCCCGAAAUCAGCUCAUCAUUGGGAUGGCAUCGACCCACACAACCUCCAUGACAUUGACGAACGCGCUUUUUGAUCUCGCCGCACGACCAGAAUAUAUUGAACCGCUUCGUGAAGAAAUCUCCAGCGUCCUCGAUGGAGAUCGUACCAUAGGAUCUCUGUCUAAGAAUGGCCUUUUGAAGUUACGAAAGCUCGACUCUUUCCUGAAGGAGAGCGCGCGAUUUUCCCCGCUCAAUACCACCUCUUUCGCACGCGGAUUAUCGGCUCCUAUCACUCUUUCUGAUGGGACUGUGUUGCCACGUGGUACACAUUUAGCCGCCGCGGCAAAGCCCCUGUCAUUGGAUAUAGAGUACUAUGAUCAGCCGAAAGUUUUUGAUGGAUUCCGCUUCGCUCGGCUGCGUGAAAAGACUGGCAAUGCGGACCGGUAUCAAUUUGUUAGCACUACUGUCGAGGCGAUGCACUUUGGUCACGGAAAGCACGCGUGCCCUGGACGACAUCUUGCCGACCAGCAAAUUAAGAUCAUUAUGAUACAUAUCAUACAGAAUUACGAUAUUCGCCUCCGUGAUGGUGAAGGUCGACCGGAGAAUCAAGUCAUGGCCAAUGGGCCCCACCCCGAUCUCUCUAUCCCAAUACUGUUCCGCAAGAGAGGGGUUGCAUAA